UGAGGUCAGCCGGGCACGCGCCACACUCUCGUAACCGGCUUUUUCAUGCUGCCUGGCCUGCUGUGUUCCUCCAGCUCCACACUGUGUUAUCUCUAACUCCAGCAUCAGCAAUUCUCACUAUCUCUGACCCUCCCGUGACCGUUAGGUUAAGGUCUGGCUCGCGCGCCCACCGCCGCCGCGGCGUCACGUGGCCAGGCGGGUGGGCCAAUUGGUGCGGGCCGUGCGAUUCAAAUCGUCGCGUGGGCAGUAAGGUGGAAGGCGUGGCGGUUGGAGUACAGGGGAGCGAGCGAGAGAGGGUAUCGUAGAGUCGCCGCGGAGCUGGGUGUGUGGUCAGGUUGUCAUUUCUCACUUAGUGAAUCGCCACUGACUGAGAGACAGACAUGGCGAACAAACAAAUCUACUACUCGGACAAGUAUUAUGAUGACCAGUACGAAUACAGGCAUGUCAUGUUGCCCAAAGAGCUUGCAAAGCAAGUACCAAAAACUCACCUUAUGUCUGAAGAUGAGUGGCGCAAGCUAGGUGUCCAGCAAUCUCUGGGCUGGGUUCACUACAUGAUGCAUGAACCAGAACCACACAUUCUGCUAUUCCGAAGACUCCUUUCUAAAGACCAAGAAAAAUAAAUCUUUCUGGAAAUUUCUGGACUUCCUGUUUUGUAAAUAUUGUAGUAUUCAGUGAAUACAUUUAAUUGUACAAAUUUGUUCAAACCUGUAUGAGCUGUAUUCUAAACAGCAAUAGAGCUCAUUGUGGUACAGUGGGUUUAGACUGCUAAGAUGUGUAUUUAAAAGAGAUACUAGCAGUUGAAAUGAUCUUGGUUCCACUCAAGAAAUUUACAGUAUGCUGUUUACUUUUUCUUCUUUUGAUGGAUGCCAUUUGUGAAUAAAUUUAUAAUUGCA